CAAAAACACCACAGUAAGCCAAGGGCUCUCAAAACAGAAACAAGAAAACAAGCUCGUGUCAAUGAAUCUGCUGGUUUGCCACUAUUACAUACCCAAAACAAUGAUAGCACCAUCAUCAUCAUCAACAGUGGCAGUCACUUCUCCUGGUGGCCUAAUCUCCAGUAGGGUAUAUAGACCAAGAACCGCGCCAGCAAAGGUGAUGUUACAGCAACAACAACAAAGACCAGCAGCAAGAAUUCUACACAUUGUUGGUUGGAGAUCACCAUUAGAAUCAAUUUGGGCAGUAAAAGCAGCAGCAUCAGGGGGAGUCCCACUUCCACCAUUGGACUUGACUGAGGAAAACAUCGAACUUGUCUUAGCUGACGCUCGCGUGGAGCUUGCUCAGCUUUUCGACACUUCGGUUGGCAUAACAGGACAAGUUGAACUAGCUGAAUUGGAUGGACCCUUUGUGAAGAUUAGUCUCAAAGGUCGAUUUUGGCAUAAACGUUCCACAGUUGUAGCCAGGGUUGGAAAUUAUUUGAAGCAGAGAAUCCCUGAAAUAUUGGAGGUUGAUAUAGAAGAUGAGAAACAAUUGGAUGACAGCCCUGAAAACUUUUGAGAUGCUCAAUGCCCAGGCUAUUACAGAAGAUGAGAAACAAUUUGAUAACAGCCCCUAAAGAGUUUUACGAUGCUCAAUGCCCUAGCAGUAGGGUGUUCAGUUUAAGUGUCGUGUUUUUACAGUUCAGUGGAUGCAAAUCUGGAUUAAGGAGUGAAAGAAUGGCUGCAAUUCGUUCAGAAAUUAGAAGGGUAGAGAUUUUGAUGAAACUUCUAUCUUCCGUUUCAUUUUAAAAGUUUUUCUUCCUCGCAUUUUAGCUGCUCUAGCCUUUCUGAAGGUAAGAGAACAUGCCUUGCCUUAAAAUAUUACUUGCAAA